AUGGGUAGUGUUUUCUUACCACAUUUGCACACAGGAUGGCACGUUGACCAAUCUAUUGUCACUGAGGAAGAAAGGUUGGUCAUUAUUAGGUUUGGUCACGAUUGGGAUAAAGAUUGUAUGUUAAUGGAUGAGAUGUUAUAUUCGAUUGCAGAAAAGGUAAGAAAUUUUGCUGCAAUUUAUGUAUGUGAUAUUGAUGAAGUACCUGAUUUUAAUGAAAUGUAUGAAUUGCAAGACCCAAUGACCUUAAUGUUCUUUUAUAAGAACAAACACAUGAUGUGUGAUUUUGGAACUGGUAAUAACAACAAGAUGAAUUUCACAGUUGAUGAUGAGCAAGAACUGAUAGACAUUAUUGAAACGAUAUUCAGAGGUGCAAGAAAGAAUAAAGGUUUGGUAAUUUCCCCAUAUGAUUAUAAUUAUAAACGUGUAGAUUGA